AUGUCAGAUGAAGAUUAUUCUAAAUUUAUAUCUGAGAAACUUUUCACUAAAGUUAAACCUGUUAUUUUUACUGAUUUAAUCAAUGAAUUUAAAUGUGGUCCAAAUAAAGCUAAGAGUCAGAUGUAUUCGUAUUAUAAGAAUACCAGUAAUGUCAAAUUUCAAUGUGUUCUUGUAGCGUGUUAUUCAAAUGAUAAAAUUAAAAUCAUAAAUGAUGUUAAUAAUAUAGAGAACCAAGAUAAGAUGACUGAUUGUUUCAUAUAUGCAUUUAAUCCAAUGGAUGUGUUCAAUCCUGUUAAUGAUGCUUUAGUAAGAAUGGAUGAUCUACUAAUUAAGAAUCCAAAUAAAAUAAGUAUAGAGUCAAACAGCAUAAACAAAGCACCUGAGCUAACUAGAACCAAGACCGUAGAUAAUGAAAUUAAACCGAAGAAAGUUCUAGAUGAAAUUAAAAGAUCUAACACCCUGCCUGAAGCUAAUUAUAAAAUAAAGAAAGAGGAACACAUCAAGGAGAAGAAACAAGAAAGUAAAUUGAGACCAACAGAAUUAUUAGCUAAGAUGAGACAGGAGAGAGAGCAAAAGGAGAAAGAUAGACAAGAAGAAUUGAAGAAAAGGAAAGAUGAACAGGCACAACAAAAGAUGAAAAGCGAUCCAAAGGCUGCUGCUCAAAUAAAAGAAUUAAAUGACAUAUUUGCAAAUGAUGAUAUGUCAGAUUACGUUGAUGAGGAUGAUAAAAAUAUGGCUAAGGCCACAAUAGAUGAUGAUAUAACGCAAUCUUCACCACAAAAUACCAAUAAGAUACAACAGUCUACGAUAAAUCCUUCUGAUCUUGAAGAAAUAUUGGAUACUACAGGUGAGGAAUCCCUUUUAAUGUUUUCGCAAAAUGAGAAAAAACAGGCACCAGCAAAAGGCAAAACAGAGCAUAAUACAAAUAAAGAGGAAGAAGAGGUAACAACAUAUCUGGAUGAAGAUGGUUAUAUGGUCACUAAGAAAUCCACAAAUAAAUGUGAACCUAUUGCCAAGGCAGAAUCUAGGAAGAGAUCAUCACCAAUUGCAUCCUCGUUGAAAUCAUCAGUUAAGAAGGUAAAGAUGGCACCAGCAAAGAGGAAACAAGGAUCUCUUGAUUUCUUCUUUAAAAAAAAUAAAUAA